AUGGAGAAAAGGGCCCACACCCAAGCCAUCGAGGAUUACUUUAUGGAUGUGUUCCAGAACUUGAAUGCUUUGGAGCCAGCAACUCAAUUGCAACCGGACUUGAUUGCUACGCAACCAGAGAUCACCGUCGCAAUGAGACCAAUCUUGUUUGAUUUUUUGCUUGAUGUUCACUCGAGAUUGAGACUUAGCGAGUCAUCCUUCUACUUGACUAUCAGCAUUAUUGAUCGUUACUGCUCCUUGCGCAUUGUUAGAAAGGAUCACUUCCAGCUGCUCGGAUUAACUGCCCUGUGGGUGGCAUCUAAGUUCAUUGACCCAAAGCACAAGGUGCCAUCAUUGGCAUUCCUCAGAGCUACAUGCUGUAACUGUUACAAGCAAUCUCUAUUCUUGGAAAUGGAGUGUCAUAUCCUGAAAUCUCUGGACUGGGAAGUUGAUGCACCAACUCACGAUUCAUUUAUUGACCUUAUCAUUUUGGAGAAGUUACAGUCCAACCAGAUUUCUGAAGACUCUGUUGAGGCCUUGAGCCACUUGGCAAGCUACAUCUGCCAUUUCUUGCAAUUCCAUCACAAGAUCACCUUUAAAUAUACAAUCUCGCAGGUUGCAUUGGCAUCGAUU